CAUCUGGAUACACUCAUAAAGCUGGAGAUAGCAAAUCAAUCACCUACCUAUUCAGUACCUGGUACGUGUCACGUGAUUGCUGCCUCAUACAUGUCGUACCUCUUUCAUUAACGCUGAUUUCAUCUUGUUCCUUCUUAUAUCAUUUUCAGCCUCUCCCUUACCUCGAAGUGCAUUCUCCGUGUUCAUUAUAUCUUUGUGAUACCUUCUGGACGUACGCCUCAGUAGCAAAAAGCGUCAAGUCAUCCUCAAGAUGGCUGGAAAUAUCUUCUUUGCUAGAGGUUUUGACAAAAUGAGGAUUGAAUUUGACGAUUAUCCGCACCCAUUGAUCCUAGGACAGAAGAUUCUGGAAAGGAAGACUCAACUCGAUGAGAUGUCAUGGGAAACGGACCGGGUUGCUUCUCAAGCUUGGGCAAUUUAUGUCUGUGAGAACCUCAACGACCCUACUGAUCAGGCAAUCAUGAAAAUAUACAUGCAAAUUCCCUAUGCAGGAUCAGAGUUCGAUACACCGCAGCUGAGGGCCUCGCAAGCGCUAGAGCUCCAGGGCUUUGCAAGAUCAGAAUAUAAUGCUCUUAAGCUGUUUACGGAAAAGGCCUGCCCCUCAACUCCAAAGCUCCUGGCAUCUAAAGUAGAUACUCAAGGCCCACAGGACUUGGUUCCUGGUGGUUUCAUUGUCUAUCUGUUAAUGGAGAAGUUACCUUGUUGUCGCCUGGAAGAUGAGGUCUUCUGGAACUUAGAUGAAUCUGAACGUGCCGAUAUCCGACAAAAGUUCAAGGAAGCAUGGAUUUCUUGUUACAACGCCGGCCUUGUACUUUAUUUAGGCAACACCGAUAACAUUCUGUGGGAUGCUGCAACCAAAAGACUCUAUUUUACAGGGUUCCAGUACACUUGUUCAUCAGAAGAAUAUGCACAAGGAUGGGAUGAUAAGCAGUUGAGGCUAUGGUUUCUGUCAAAACCACCCAAGUACCUCCUAAAGCGACCCACUAGAGAUCCGAAACCAGAGGAUUCUCUAAUCGCCUUACGUGAUGGUUCCAGGCGUGAAAUAUCAGAUGUUUUUGGAAGAUAGAUGAGCAGUUCUGUUGUAGUUUCCUCUCCAGGACAUUGUUGAUCUAGACACGCGGAUAACUGAUAUAUGUGUGAAUCAUGCCCAAUGAUAUAAUAGCUCUCUACUUUGGAAUCAGAGCGUUUAGGCUAUAGAUUGCUACCUUGAACUUCAGCAAUAUCUGUUCUAGGGGUUU